UAUGUGAUCCACGCGCCACCAAGGAGCGUAGGCAAUAUAGUUUAUGAAUCUCCGGCGGCAGAAAAUUUUAUUGGAAACCUUACACUCACUCGGCUCACUUUGGUUUUUGUUUUGGAAUCUUUCGUUCAGAGUUGCGUAGAAAGCAAUAUGGCCACUGCUUGAUCUCAAGUCAACUCACCUCUGAGUUUCUGAAACUCUUGUUCUCUCCCAUGGCUUUUCUCCAAACACCCCUCUCUCAAAACCAACGUUUUCCCACAAAACUCCCUCAUCAUGCCAAUAACUCGGGGGUAAUUUCGCGGAAUAUUUCUUUUACCAGACCUCUGUCGAUAAGAGAAUUGAGAAUCGUUAGAAGUUCUGGUCAAAACGAGGCCUUGGUUGAUUCCAGUCCUCAAAUAUUUGAUGUUCCACUACUGUCUUGCUCAGAGGCUAUUGAAAUGCUAAAAGUAAAUCGAGCAAAACAGAAAAGCAAGCAGCAGUAUCUGGCCAUGUACUCUAGCGUUUUUGGUGGAAUAACAACAGAUCCAGCUGCAAUGGUGAUCCCUAUGGAUGAUCACAUGGUCCACCGGGGACACGGUGUCUUUGAUACUGCUGCAAUAGUGGACGGAUACCUGUAUGAAUUAGACCAACAUCUUGACCGUAUAAUAAGGUCAGCCUCCAUGGCCAAAAUUAAACUUCCUUAUGGUCGGGAAAGUCUGAGAAAAAUACUCAUACAAACUGUGAGUGCUUCCAAGUGUAAGAAAGGAUCAUUGAGAUACUGGCUUUCAGCUGGAGGGGGGGAUUUCCAAUUAUCUCCAAGUGGGUGCCAUGAACCUGCAUUUUAUGCCAUUGUAAUACAGGAUGAAUCACCAUUUGUUUCAAAAGGCAUUAAAGUAGUAACUUCAUCUAUCCCAAUAAAACCUCCACAAUUUGCCACCAUGAAGAGUGUGAAUUAUCUACCAAAUGUGCUUUCAAAAAUGGAAGCUGAAGAAAAUGGUGCAUAUGCUGCCAUUUGGCUCGAUGCUGAUGGGUUCAUUGCUGAAGGGCCUAACAUGAAUGUUGCAUUUGUUACAAAAACGAAGGAGCUUCUGAUGCCUCUCUUUGAUAAAAUCCUGAGCGGGUGCACAGCCAAGAGAGUUUUAAGUCUUGCAGAGGCGCUAGUGAGGGAAGGUAAGCUCCAUGGAAUUAGAGUAGGUAAUGUCACAGUGGAAGAAGGUAAGAGAGCUGAGGAGAUGAUGCUUAUUGGUAGUGGAGUUCUUGUUAAGCCAGUACUGCAAUGGGAUGACCAGGUCAUUGGCAAUGGCAAAGAAGGUCCCAUAUCUGAAGCUCUAUUGGAUCUUCUACUGAAGGACAUGAAAUCUGGCCCCUCUACUGUCCGAGUUCCUGUUCCUUACUGAGAAAUUUCAUCUCCUUUCUUGAUUUGUAUCGAAAGUGCUUCACAUGUGUUGGUUAUGGAGAUUGACAUGGAACUGUUUGUAAUUCAAAAGAUUUAUUAAUGCAAGUUGCUCUGAAUUUUGUACAUAACAAAAUACAGAAUUCUGACCUUGUGUGUCAUUUUGAGCCCUUUUUUUGGUUCCUCUUCUGUGGUUCUUCCAAAGAGCAUCACUGUACUAUAUACUUCAACAUCACAUGAUGGGGGAGCCCAUUCAUAAUGUUAUCUACAUUUUUUCUUCUCUACUAAA